AUGUUAAUUGAAGGAAUUGAUAAAAUUGAAAUUGCUAUAAAAAAGAAAUCUUAUGGUGAUAUAGCAAAUUUACUUCAUCCGGUUAUAAGUGUAUUAGAACAUUUUCAACCAUAUAUGAACAUUCCACAAAUACAAGAAUUAUCUGCAAAUGUUAAAGAAUUAACUGCUCAAAUAACUGUACAACUUCGAAAAGAAUGUGAAGAUGCAUUUAAUGGUCCAAAUGCGAGAAAUUUUACUUCAAAUCAACAUUUUUCAGAUGUAUGUAAAAUAAUUGAUGUUAUUGAUCCUAAAUUAAGAUUAGAAGUGAUAAAUUGGUUUUUAAAAACACAUCUAUCUGAAUAUACAAUAUUAUAUCAAGAAUCUCAAGAAUUAGCGCAUGGUUAG